AGCUGGUGAGACGCUGCCACGCAUGCGCAUCAAGAACAGUUCCACCCUCCCACUAACGAUUGGCUCUUUUGUGCGUCUGUCGCCCCGGAAAGCCAAUAGGAAGCGAAGAAAACAAACGAGGCCGACUCGGGGAGCUUUUGAGUUUGGGCGGGCUGGGGAGCGGCGGUCAUUUUUCGCUUCUUCCUGCCCCGGCCAUGGCGGUGUUUCGAGACAUGGAAGAGGUGAGCCAGGGACUGCUGAGUCUGCUCAGCCCGAGCCGGGCCGGGGCGCGGGUGCGGCGGCUCCUGGGGCGGCAGGAGCGGAUGGUCGAGAAGCUGCUGGACACGAAGAAAAACAUCCACGGGCUCCUCUCAGAGGUCCUUUCUAUGGAGGAAGAUGUGGCCCAGAAACUUAUUGAUGAGGAAGAAACAGCACAACAUAUUGAAUCCAAGUUACAGAAAAUUGAAUCUGAGCUUCAGAAGACCAUUGAGAAGGAUGCCAGUCUAAAGACUGAUCUCCAUCUGUUGACAAAAGAGCUGGAAGAACUCAGAGAAAUGGAACAAGACCUCAUGAGGACAGAGGGAGAAAUCGAUGAAGAUUCAACUGUUGUUAUCCCUUCUGCUAUAUACCUGUCUCAACUUUACCAUCGAGUCAGUAAAAUUGAAUGGGAUUAUGAAUGUGAACCGACUAUUAUCAAAGGCAUUCAUCAUGGCCCCAACAUUGCCCAGCCUAUUCAUUUGGACAGUACCCAGCACUCUAAGAAGUUUAUCAGUGACUAUCUCUGGAGUUUGGUGGACACACAGUGGUGACCAUCCAGAGGCCUCAUCGUGUGUGGUGGUGGGGGUGACACCCCCCCCCCACGUGAAGUGGGAGGGUUUAGGAUGGGUAAUUGUAAAGUUCGUUUCAGCAAGAUGUGGUUUCCCUCAUUCCUUUAAAUUAGAUCUAUUUUUGCUUUUGCUUUGUAUAAGAUCAUGAUUGUUAACUCUGCUUUUUUUUUUUUUUUUUUUUUACUUCAGCUAAAGCAUAAUAGAUCCUGCUUUAGCCCUUCUCCACUUCAAGUGUGUUUCUUGUAAACAGUAUAUUGAAGGAUUUGGGUUUUUAUUCUAUCCUAUUAUCUGCUUCUCUUUCCCAUUAUUUCCCACAGUUAUGAUGACUGUAUUUCUCUCCUUCUCUCCUUUCACUGUUUCCUUCUUCACCAGUGUUACAGAGGAAUGUAGGGAGGAUUUGAACCCAUGGUUUCACUUAUAGUCAAGCUAGACCAACCUGUCAGCUCCCUGAGAAUAAAUGGCCAUUUGAGACUUCAAGUCUCCAGAUUAGGCUGCACAGAAAGGGCUACGCCAACAUUGGAAGCACCAUUAGCAAGGGCAGGUGCAGAAUCGUUUCUUAGCUUCUGCUUUGCUAUCCACUACUGCCAGAAGGUGGCACUAAGAACAAGGUCCUGGGUCUUCUUCUGUUCUUUCAGGAAUUUUAGGCAAAGCAGUAACUAGCACUUAGUCAGCACCAGCUAUGUGCCAGCUACAUGCAAACCUCUGGGGUUUAUUGUAUUUCUGUCAGCCCCCGUAGGACUUAGAGUCCUGGAAGAAUAGUAAUGAUUUAAUUUCCCAAAUGGCUCUCUGCCCCAACAGGGAAGCAAAGAAUUCAAGCCUAUCUCCCGGGACUGGGUGUUACAUUAAAAACUAAGCAUUUAAUGA